AUGGGAGCUGCUCGGCACGUGUCUGAACAAGGCUCCCCCGGGGAGAGUAAAUCGGCAGCGCGGCACCUCCGCACGGCAGCGACCCAGCAGGGACCCUGUGGGGGACAGGCUCCUGUCCUGCCCGGUCCUGUCCUGCCGGUCCUGCCCGGUCCUGGUGCUGCUUUGGUGCUGAGCCCCCCGCGUCACGUAGCAGCCACCGCAGAGCAGGCAGGGGCCGGAGAAGGGACUCUGCUGCCCGCCAGCGCCGCUCCAGGGAGCCCGGGCGGACGGUGCCUCUCCCCAUGGCAGCCAGGCCCCCACGUAACACCGGCCAAACUGGACACCCCGGUCCCGCGAGAGACCCUCCCCAGCCAGAGCCCACCCGUCUGCCACGUCCAGCCCAGCCCGGACUCAGCUGUCACCGCCUGUCCCCUCACCAGCCCAGUGUCCCAGAGGUCGGACACGGGCACACGCCGCGAUGCCGCGACCAUCACCGAGCUGUGCAGCGAGGAUGUCCCCGAGGUGGAGAUCGUCAGCCUGCUGGGCGAGCAGCUGCCCCGCUACACGCUGCGGGCUGACACCGUGUUCGGCUACGACCACGGCGACUGGCUGCGAGCCCCCAGCGCCCCCCCGCAGCCCGUAGCCCCCCUGACCCCCCAGCAGAUCGAGGAGACCCUGCAGUAUUUCCGUGAGUGCCCGUGGGCAGCGGGGCUGGUGAGGGCGGUGGGCACGGGCGGGGUCGGCACGGCCAGGACAGCACUAAUCACUGCUAAUGGGAUUGACGGGCUGGAUUUCCUCCCCCAGAACAUCCCGGACUAAUUCUGGGAGCAGCUUCUGCUGAGCCAAGCCGGAUACUGGGAGAGAGCCCCCAGCAUUUCCCGGGACCCCCUGCCCGUCCCUGCUCCCCUGUGCUGCGCCGUGGCUCACAGGGCUGGGACGCUGGUGGGCUUGGCAAGGUGUGCCAGGGAAUCCCAGGGCUGCUCUCCCCCAGACAUGCCAGCCUGGAGCAGAGCUCAGGGCUGCCAGCAGAGCCUCCAGAGCUGUGGGGAUCCCAGGGGGAGAUCCCUGCAGCCCCCAUGGCCAGGCAGGGGCAGUGCCCAUGGCACUGUGACGUGGCCCAUCCCUGGUGUGAGGUCGGGGUUCAGUGGGGGGCACAGACAGAUUAUCUCUGCUCUGUUUGUGCCUCUGGCCUGCAUGUGGCAGGGACAGGAUUAGAGCAAGGGGCUGGGGGAUGGAUGUGGGGCAGUGGGAGACAGAUGGGGCCGAGGCCUCCACCCACCUGCUCACGCCAGACUAAACAUCACCGUCACCACGCCUUUCCUGUGCUUGCAGCCUUCCCCUUGUGGCUGCUCCCCUCUCUGUUCAGCAGCUGACCAUCAGCACAGCCCCCUGCAGUGGCAGUAUGAGGGACUGAGCCCCAAAUCCUGUCUCUGUGCCGUGGGGUAGGGAGUGUGCAGCACCACAGGACCCCAGCACCCCAGCCCUGCUCCACAGGACCAGUGGCACUCAGUCCCAGACUCCUGCAGGUCACAGACAGCCAGGCCUCCAGUGCUGCUGGCAUGUGCUGGAGGGGGCCCAUGGCGUCAUUCCUUUACUCAAACCUUUAAGCUGCCAUCAGAAAUAGCCCCCUGUAAUCUGCUUGUGCAGGCACAGGGAACCUGCCCAGAGCAGCAAAUCCUGGGGCAGAGGAUUAGGAAGAAGCAGCUCCUGCCUGUCCAUGCUGAGACGUGUGCUUGAGUCCUUGGGGUCCCUGGAGGAUGGGGACCAGUUGGUGGCUGUGUCAUCCCAGACCUUACCAAAGGAAUCUCCAACUCCAGGAGGACAGAGAGGCUGGGACUGAGGGCAUCUGCUCCAUCCUCACCCCAGAGGGGCUGGGGGUUAUGGCAGGAUGUAGUUGGGGUCAGAAUCCCAAUGGGUAGGAGUCAAGCAGGCAAAGGUGUGUGAUGGUGAGGGGCAGCUUCAGCUGCAUCCCUUCACUGAUUAUUUGGGCGCUGACAAGGGUGGGCAUUGGGGCAGGUGAUGAGGACAGAGCACGUUGGCAUUACCAGCAUCACAGCCACAGCCUGUGCUACGUGCCUGCCAGCUCCUCCAUAAUUCAGCACACCAUGAUUUAUUCACUUUUCCUGCUUCUGUGCUGCUUCUGCACCAGUGUGGUUGUGAGGAUGAGAAGGUGCCAGCCAGGGAGUGUUGGGCAUCCUGACUGGGGCACAGAGGGUGCCAGGCUCAUGCCAGCCCAUGCUUGGAUCCGGGGGUGGCGAAUGGGGAGGCUGGAAUGGGAUGGAAAAGCCCCUUUCCUGAUCAGGGACCUGGCAGGUCCCAGCACUGCAGUGGGCGCUGCAGGUGCAGGGUUUGUGAUGUGGGUGAUGAUGGGGGGGUCCAGCCCUGGAGUGACAGAGCAGGGCUGGCCAGGAAAAUGUACCCUGACCCUCAUGGGGACCCCAUGGCUUUGUGUGAAGGGCUCAAAAUCUCUCCCUGUCCUUCCCAAGGGGCAGAAACUGCUGUCUGUGCAUGACCCACAGCGUCAACACUGCAAAACUGCUGCUCAGGGACCCCCAGUGUCCCUCAGCAGCCAUCACCACCCGUGGGGGUCUGUACGCCCGGGCUCCCCGGGCUAUGAGUUGGGACAAGAGGUGGGACACCUCCACCAGCCCCCAGGGCUGAGCAGGGUUGUCCUGGUGGGCUCCCCCACAAGGACCCCAGUCCUAGGGUGCCUGGUGGGGAUCGUGUCCCUGGGGUGGCCGGGGAAAACCGGAGGACCCUGACCCCCGCAUCGCCCCCGUUCUGCUCCCGUCCGGCCCCGCCCCCGUCCCGGCCCCAGCCCCGGC